UUUUUUACUAGGAUUUUAAUGAGUCUUCCGUCCCUCUGUCUCUCUUUCUUCUCUUCUCUCUCCUGAUGUUUAUAUAAACCUUGGCAUCUUUGUUCGUCAUAGACCCACUUUUCUUGACUGCUACUUCUGGCUGCCUUGAAGUAUCAUCAGCUCUCUGAGCCUCUGUCUCUCCCAUCACUUUCUUGAAACCUUGCAUUUUCCUCUUUCUGAAUUGCAAAAACCGCUUCCCCAUAUGGCAGCCUUUUCAUUCCAACCUCACCCUUUUCUUCUUGACUCCAUUUUCUUGCCCAAUACCCCCACCAAAAUUUCUGGCUUUAUGGAGGAAGGAAACAUCAACUCCAAUUGUUUCUCUCAAGUUUACCCACCCGAGCCUAUUCAGGAGUCCCCUUUUGACCCUAAGUUCCAUGAAAGCAGCUGUCUUGAUCACAGCUCGAAGAUUGUUUAUAGCGAUAAUGAGCCUUCUGUGACCAAAAAACAGAGCACUGACGACUCAACUGUGGUGGAUAAGCUUGAAAGCGGCGAGCAAGUCACUCAGAAUGUGACUCUCACAGACAGGAAAAGGAAGACCAGAAAUAGGACUGCCUUGAAUUCCGCUCAAUCUAAGGAUGCAAAGGAAGGGAAAAGCAAGAAGCAAAGGAAGUGCAAUGAUGCCCUGAAAAAUGAAAAGAAAGAGCCAAAAGCUGAUAAGAAGGAUCAAAAGAAAGCCACUGAAGAGCCUCCCACAGGCUACAUUCAUGUAAGAGCCAGGAGGGGUCAAGCAACAGACAGCCACAGUCUAGCAGAAAGGGUAAGAAGAGAGAAAAUCAGUGAGAGGAUGAAGAUAUUGCAGCGUCUUGUUCCAGGGUGUGACAAGGUAACUGGAAAGGCCCUUAUGUUGGAUGAAAUUAUCAAUUAUGUUCAGUCCCUACAAAAUCAAGUGGAGUUUCUCUCAAUGAAGCUUGCUUCUGUGAAUCCCAUGUUCUAUGACUUUGGAGUGGACCUGGAAGCAUUGCUGGUCAGACCAGAGAGAGUGAACGGUAGUAUAGCAUCACCACUGCCAUCUCUGCAACAAUGCAACCCCACUCAGCCUACAGCUUUUCCUUAUACAACCACCACCGCCUUUGUCCCAGCUAAUAACUAUCCUCUUCUGGAUACUUCAGCUGCACUUUUACUUCAGCAGGGGCAGAGGCCCAAUGUCUUUUCUCAGGAUAAUGGUAGUCUAUUGUGGGAUGUGGAGGACCAAAGACAGAAAUUUCUCAAUUCAUCUGGGCUCAACGACAACUUGUGUUGUUUCCAUUAAUUUUAAUACAGAGAGCUGCCCUACAAACAUCUGGUACUAGCUUGCAAAAGGAGAUACCAAAACCAACCAAAACUAGAGAAAAGGAAACCACCAGGAAAAGAAGAAUCAAAACACGGCUUCUCUUUUUCUAGCCAGUAUCAGCUCAAGUGGAGGGGCCUUCUCCCUAAAGCUCUAGUUCCAAGUCCAACCGAGUAAAUUAAGCAGCAUCUGAACAUGAAUAAAGGGCAGCAACAUCAAUGGAGGAAGAACACAAAGGACAGAUAUAACCGACCAAAUAAGACCAGAUCUUUUUGUAGAUCCCCUGUUCCUGUCCAUUUUGACUCCCCCAAGUCUCCCAUGCACAAAUUCCUAGACCCUACGCCUAUUUACUGUUUUAGCUUAAAAAACAAGAACCCUUUAAUUUUUUUUUUAAUUAUGUAGUAAAAAUAUUGUAAUAUAGAGGUCGACCUUAUAAAGCUCCUUUCCUGUUGUUACAGUUAUUCUGUUAUUACAGUUAUUUUUACCGCUGUCUUAUUUCCUCCUGUACCUUUGAUUUUAUCUAUGAUUAAUAAAUUCACAAUUGAAACUUU